UUGCUCACAAACACUGCCGUUUGAACGCGCGAACACGCUUGGUUGUUGUAUACGUUGGCUGGCAGACAGUCAAAUGCUAAGUUGGAGUUAGCGCGGCAAAUAGGCUUUGACGUACAAUUUAGUCGUACGAGGCAUAUGAACGUGUGCGCAUGCGCAGGCGCAAUUUUUAUUUUAUCAGAAAAAAGAGAAAACCAACUAGCGUGUGAAUGGAAAAUAUAGAUUGGGAUUAAUAAAAGUUGUUUUAAAAAAUUAAAUAAAAAACAAACAGCAAACUCUUGGUGAAACUUUUAUUUAUAUCAAAUAUUACAAGUUAUUGAGUUGGAGUUUAGCUUAGAAAAAAAAGAUAAAAAUAAACUACUUUAUAAGUGAUAAGCAGCGGUUCAGGUGUAAAAACAACAACAGUAAAGCUGCAAUGCCGCACAUACGUACACAGCUGAUCCUGGUGAUCAUCAGUCUGCUGGGCUAUCAUGCACGCAUCGAUGCACAAAAUACAGAACCACCUUGCAGUUUCCCUGGUUCACCAGCCCACAGCACUGUUGUCUUCUCCAGUGCGAACUUGACGCAUGGCACCGUAGCUUCGUACACCUGCGAACGCGGCUUUGAGCUGCUGGGACCGGCGCGGCGUGUUUGCGAUAAAGGCGCCUGGGUGCCCGAUGGCAUACCAUUUUGUGUGCUCAACGUCGCCGCCGGCAAAGCGCCAAUGCAAAUCUCCACCGAAGGCUCGGGUGCACCACAAAAGGCCAUUGACGGUUCAACAUCCGCAUUUUUCACACCGGAAACCUGUUCGCUCACCAAAGCUGAGCGUUCGCCUUGGUGGUAUGUGAAUCUGCUGGAGCCGUAUAUGGUGCAAUUGGUGCGACUAGACUUUGGCAAAUCGUGCUGUGGCAGCAAACCCGCCACCAUUGUUGUGCGUGUCGGUAACAACCGUCCUGAUCUCGGCACCAAUCCAAUUUGCAACCGUUUCACAGGUCUACUCGAAGAGGGUCAACCACUCUUUCUGCCCUGUAACCCACCCAUGCCCGGUGCGUUUGUCUCUGUGCACUUGGAAACAAAUACGCCCAAUCAAUUGUCUAUUUGUGAGGCUUUCGUUUACACCGAUCAAGCAUUGCCCAUUGAACGCUGUCCCACCUUCCGCGAUCAACCACCAGGCGCUCUGGCUUCCUACAAUGGCAAAUGUUACAUUUUCUAUAAUCGCCAGCCAUUGAACUUCCUCGAUGCACUCUCAUUCUGUCGUUCACGUGGUGGCACACUCAUCAGCGAAAGUAAUCCAGCGCUGCAGGGCUUCAUCAGUUGGGAACUGUGGCGUCGUCAUCGUACCGACAUUAGCUCACAAUAUUGGAUGGGUGCAGUGCGCGAUGGCGCAGAUCGCAACACGUGGAAGUGGGUGAAUGGUGACGAGGUGGCGGUGUCUUUCUGGAAUCAUCCAGGUGGUGAUGAGGAUUGUGCGCGUUUCGAUGGCUCGAAGGGUUGGCUGUGGAGUGACACAAACUGCAAUACAUUAUUGAACUUCAUAUGCCAGCAUCAGCCAAAGACAUGCGGUCGUCCAGAGCAGCCGCCAAACUCGACUAUGGUGGCGCUGAACGGCUUCGAAGUGGGCGCUCAAAUCAACUACUCUUGUGAUGCCAAUCAUUUGCUUGUAGGCCCGGCGACACGUACAUGUCUGGAGACUGGUUUCUACAAUGAAUUUCCACCUGUUUGUAAAUAUAUCGAGUGCGGACUGCCCGCCUCGAUACCGCAUGGCUCGUAUGAUCUUAUCAACGGCACUGUCGGCUAUCUCAGCGUGGUCAAGUAUGCAUGCGCCAAGGGCUUUGAAAUGAUUGGGCGUGCAGUGCUCACCUGUGACUUUGAUGAGCGUUGGAACGGCCCACCGCCACGUUGUGAAAUCGUUGAAUGCGAUACGCUACCGGGCAAUUACUACAACACUAUUAUAUCUGCACCGAAUGGCACUUACUACGGUUCAAGGGCCGAAAUCUCCUGCCCACCUGGUUAUCGGCUCGAAGGUCCUCACGUGCUCACCUGCUUGGCUACGGGUCAAUGGAGCAGCGCGCUACCACGUUGCAUUCGUCUCGAACCCUCCACGCCGGCGCCAACGCAACCGCCAACACCGGCACCUACACAGCCGCCUACUCCAUCACCGACGACACCAUCGACUACGUCCUAUAGACCACGCCUUACCUCAACUUCAAGGCAACCAUCUUACAAACCCACCACCAGCACUACACAAUCGACAAGUACAACACUACAACUGGAUGUUCUUGGCGGCGUCGAUUCUGACGAGGAGGUCACCUAUAUUGUGCCAGGCACUGUGCGCGAAGAGUUCCCACCACGUCGCCCACUCCGUCCAGUAUCCGUGCCCAAACGUCCCAGCACCACACCGGCCUAUUAUUCGCCCACCACUUCGACCACGACCAGCACAACAACGCGUAUACGUCCUUACAGCCCUGUGGAAACAACGACCCGUAACACGCAGAAUAUUAUACUUAAUGCGCACCCACAGGAUAAUGAAAUUGCAGACAGCGUCAAUAUUCGACACAAUCAGUCGCCAAAUGUUAAUAUUCCAUUCGCUGUGGACAACGCCGAUCGCAAGGAAACGAAGGAGGCUAAACUCAAUUUGGGCGCCAUUGUCGCCUUGGGCGCAUUCGGUGGUUUCGUUUUUCUGGCGGCGGUCAUCACGACAAUCAUCAUUUUAGUGAGAAGAAAUCGCACCACUCAACACUAUCGGCAUCGCGCCUCACCCGACUGCAAUACAGUGGCCUCCUUCGAUAGCUCUACUUCGGGCUCGCGUAACGGUUUAAAUCGUUACUAUCGACAAGCUUGGGAGAAUCUACAUGAAUCUGCUUCGAAGAGUAGCACACAACAUGCUUUACGCCGCAAGGAUACACUCGAUGCACCGAGCACGAUGCAUUCUCGUGACAAUUUGCGUGAAAACAUGCAGCGUUCCAGAGAGAAUCUCGACCGCAUCGGCCGUGAGAACUAUGGCAUGCGCGAGAACUCUGAAAUGGUUGUCUCCGAUGUGUGUCUAAAAGGCGAAAAGAAACGUCAUCACCACCAUCAUCACAAGAGCAGCUCACGCAAUGGCGAAUAUCGAGAUCAAUCGGCUGGUAGACGAGAGCAUCACAGACACAGUGGCGGACAUUAUUGACCAACCAUGGUGAUCACCAUAAAUGUGGAGCAAUAAACCAGCAAAUAAGUGGCUACAAAGACGCAAGAAGCAGAAACAAAACAGAAGUGUAGUACUUACACACUAACAUACAUAUGUAUAAUGAGCAACGAAGAGCGUUAUUUUAAUUACAUACAUACAUACAUAAAAUUAUUACAUGUUAACAAUAACAAAUAUUUUGUUAAUAUUCCGUUUUGUUGAGUGCAAUUUAAACUAAGUAAGAAUUUGAGAGCAAAAUGAGAAGAAACAUAUUUGCUAAAGAAAAUUUGCGCUGAUUUUUUUUAUUUUUUAUUUUUUUGUUGUAUUAGUUAAUAAAUAUGUGUGUAAAUCAAAAUGAGCAGUCAAUAGGUUACCCCUUAAGGUUUCGUCAAACGGUACAAUACAGGCGCACUCUCUCUCUCUGAAUGGCGAAACGUAUUGCAGUUCAAAUAGCAAAACUGCAUUUGUAGCUGGCGUAGAUUUUUUUCUUAUUUAUAGCUAGUUUUUUACUUUUGCUUUUGUUUUAAUUUAGUUCCAGUUUAAUUAGUUUUAAAUUGUGCACAAAGAGAAACAGAAAUCGCAGCAGCAACAAUAGCAAAUUUUUCCGUACUUCCACAUUUCAAUUUCAUGCUCUUCUAUUCAUUUCAAUUUUUUCUGAACUGUUUGCUUCCAUUUUAUGUAGCGAUCGUAUUUCUAAUUUUAUUUUCCACAAAUUAUGAGCAACUUGGUAGAGCUUAAUAAUCAUAUUUUUAAGCUACAUCGAUUUAUUCAUAGUACUCAUUCUCGAAAAAGGAAGAACUUCAGUGUCCCACUACAAGAAAUUACAAACAAAAACCUUAAAAAUAUAAAAAAUACAACCACAUCUGAAAUUAUUAUUUAUUUACAUACAGUCAAGCUUCAAACACAUCUACACCCACUUGCAUUUAGUUGUUAGCAAAAUAGAUUUUUUAUAAUAAAGACAAAAUAUAUAUUUAUUUGUUAAUUAGUGUGCCAUUUCCGGCAACUUACACAUUAAUUAUAAAGCGCUAUACUUACAAAUAUACAUACAUAUUUAAAUAUGUGCUUAUUUGCAAAACGAAAAUAGACAAAAUGCAUUUGUAUGUAUGUACAUCCAUUUAUAUUCUAUGUAUACCUACAAUAAGUUUAAUAUGAGAAUGCAUUUGUCAAUAGUAAUUCUUAUUUUCUUUUGUUUUUAUGUAAAAAAAUUUAUCUGUACGUAAGACGUAAAUUUAAAUAUCCAAAUUUAUGUAAAUAAUGUA